UACAAAACCCAUCUUGCGACGCGGAGAAACACCAGAUUUGACCCUACGAGGCCAUCUUAUCAGGUCGUCCUCUGCGACGUCCAUGGGCCAGCUACCGCUCGAGGUCGCCAAUGUCCUCUCGGUGUGGUUUGAGACGCUGCUGUAUGGUAUAUACUUCAGCCUGUUCUUCGAGAGUGUCUAUGUCAUCAUGAAGAAGAAGCGGACAAAGACGCUGCCCGCCAAGCUGUUCUUUGCGGCGACCGUUGUCAUGUUCCUUCUCGCGACAGUCCACAUAGCCAUCAGCUUGUACCGCUUACUUCGGGGCUAUGUCUGGCUGGCCAGCGACCCAGGACCAGUCGCCUACUUUGCGGAUUACCAUCGAUGGGACAACGUCGCGAACGAAGUGAUCAGUGGUAUCCAAACGUGGAUCGGAGACUCGCUUGUAAUUUACCGCUGCUUCAUCGUCUGGAGCCGGAACUACUACGUCGUCGCCGUACCGAGCGUAUUGCUCGUCCUCAGCGUCAUCGGCAAUUGCAUGGUCUUCCAGAUCUUCAACUCCAAGGACGUCGACGGCCUCUUCUCCGUACCCCUCCAGACGUGGGUCAACCUGAUCUACUCCGCGACGUUCGCUCAGAACACGCUCACGACGGGCUUCAUCGCGUACCGCAUCUGGCGGCAGGACUGGGAGACGCGCCAGGUGCUCGGCCCGGGGUCGUACCGCGGCGCGGCGAGCCUCCUUCCGAGCGUGCGCGUGAUCAUCGAGAGCGCGAUGAUAUACGCGCUCGAGGUGCUCGUCCUCAUCAUUCUCUACGCCAUUGGGCACAACGGGGAGUAUGUGUUACAGGCGGCGGUGACGCCUACAGUCGGGAUCGUGUUCACAAUGAUCACCGUGCGCCUCGCACUGCGUAGCUCCGAGGCCCUGAAGACGACUCACCUGCCCAGCGCCUUUCGCGUUGCGCCCACGGGUCGCAUGCAUCUCACUACUACCAUCAACCAGUCUAGCGAUCAGGAGCUCGAAGAGUCGCGCAAGGCGAGCGGUGACGACCAGGUUUUUGAGCUGAAGUCCGUCGGGACGCAGCAUGAGCAUGAGGAGUACGUGCCGCUGAUAGGCACUAACACACGACAACACCAAAGACCAAAAAGAAAUAAAACCUAA